AUGGGUGCACAGGGCGUCAGAGGGCUGCACCUCUUUGCUCUGGGUUACGCUGCUUCUGACACUAUCAUGACGCUCUUCAGAAUAGUCAAGAACUACGACAUGCCAGAGUUUCUGAAGCUGGAGUUUAUACGAGUGAGUCGCCUCUCUUUUGCCAGUGCAAGAAUAGUCAAGAACUAUGACAUGCCAGAGUUUCUGAAUCUGGAGUUUAUACGAGUGAGUCGCCUCUCUUUUGCCAGUGCAAGAAUAGUCAAGAACUACGACAUGCCCGAGUUUCUGAAGCUGGAGUUCAUCAGGGUGAGUCGCCAAUUGGGUGCAAAGGGGUGCAGAUGGGUGCACAGAAGAGGGGAUCGGGAGGGGGUGGAUCUCUUUGCUCUGGGCUAUGCUGCUUCUGACAUCAUCACGACACUCUUCAGAAUAGUCAAGAACUAUGACAUGCCCGAAGGACUCACCGCGAAGAUUCCUGACGCGCUCUUCAGCAAGCGAUGCGGCGCGUGCUUCAAGGUGAUCUGCAGCAACGACACGAAGCGCUGCCGCAGCGGCAAGGCCACCGUCACCGUCCGCGUCGUCGGCGCCACCAAGACGGAGGGGAAGCAGAUUUCGCUCUCCGCCGUCUCAUGGGCGAAAAUCGUGCAGGGUUCGGAAACUGCCCCUGUGAACAUCACGUACAAGCGCACCAACUGCGUUUCCACCGCCGGAUCGGCGGUGCGCGUGCGCAGCAACUCCACCGCGGAGCAUUUUAACAUUCAGAUGGUCGGCCUUGCCGGGCCCGGCACGCUUACCGAGGUAGAGCUUAGCGCGGACGGCAAAAAGUGGGUGAAGCUGACCCGCGACGGAAACAAGGCGAUUUGGGGGAUCAAGGGCAAGGAGGCGAAGGCGGUUGUGGGCGCGAAGAAGGCUAUGAGCGUUCGCCUCACUGCGGGACACACCAGGGAGAAGAUCACCCUCGCGAAUGUCAUUCCCACCGCCUGGAAGCCUCAAACGCUCUACUCGUCCAAGACCAACUUCAAGAAACUCAUGGCUGAGGCCAAGUAG